AGUAUUAGAACAACUGACUGGACUAAAGGAGUUUUGGAUGGAUGGCAAUAGACUUGCAAUUCUCCCGGGGUUUAUUGGCAAAUUAAAGCAGUUGACUUACUUGGAUGUUUCCAAAAACAAUGUGGAAAUGAUUGAUGAUGCCAUAUCAGGUUGUGAGAACCUCCAGGACCUGCUGCUGUCUAGCAAUGUGCUCCAACAGCUCCCUGAAACAAUCGGAUCUCUUAAGAAGCUAACUGCUCUCAAAGUGGAUGAAAACCAACUGCUAAGCUUGCCAGAUUCAGUAGGAGGGCUUGCAUGUUUGGAAGAAUUUGAUUGCAGUUUUAAUGAAAUUGAAGCUCUGCCUCCUACAGUUGGGCAAUUAGAAAAUCAAAGAACAUUUGCGGCAGAUCAUAACUUCAUAUCAGAGCUUCCAUCAGAGAUUGGUAACUGGAAGAAUGUGACUGUGCUGUUCCUUCAUUCCAACAAAUUGGAAUACUUGCCUGAAGAAAUGGGAGAGAUGCAGAAAUUGAAAGUCAUUAAUCUCAGUGACAACCGAUUAAAGAAUCUGCCAUUUAGUUUCACGAAGCUGCAAGAGCUAACAGCAAUGUGGCUGUCUGAAAACCAGUCCAAACCACUUAUUCCUCUUCAGAAAGAGGUGGAUCCAGAUACACAGAAACAAGUGCUCACGAACUACAUGUUCCCUCAGCAGCCUAGGACGGAAGAUGUGUUGUUUAUUUCGGAUAAUGAAAGUUUCAACCCUUCACUAUGGGAGGAGCAGAGGAAGCAACGCGCACAAGUGGCCUUUGAGUGUGACGAGGACAAGGAUGAAAGAGAGGCACCACCUCGGGAGGGUAACUUGAAAAGAUAUCCAACACCAUAUCCUGAUGAACUAAAAAACAUGGUUAAAACUGCACAGAGUGUGGUACAUAGAUUAAAGGAUGAUGGAACAUCAGAUGAUUCUGGAACUGAAAUGAAGCAGAAUGAUGACCGAUCAGUUACAACGAAAAACUCUGGUGUAGAGGUAACAGAAUGCACCAUAGAAUCUAACAAAUCAACAGAAAAUACUGAAUCCAAUAUGGUAGAAAACUGCACAAAUCAAAACAUCAAGCAAGACCUGAAUGACAAUGUGGAAAAUAUUCAAACAAAUGCAGUUGAUGAUGAUGCAGAGGAUAUAAGUACAGCUGCCAAUGAUGAAGAUGCACUUGAGGAUACUGAAAACACUUCUUCUGAUGAAGAGAUGAAGAUGGCAGAAUUGAGGCCCCCCUUGAUUGAUACACCAAUCACUCAACCAAAAAUUGUUGCACUGUGUAAAGAGAAAAGAGAUGAUGCUGAUUCUUUAUUUGAGGAGUUAAUUCCAAACAGUAAUCAGAACAACAGUAAUUGUUCGUCGCCAUCCAGGAUAUCGGAUACAGUUUCCUUCAAUACAGAAAGUAGCCAGGAAACCUUGCAUUCGACCCCUGACAAAACUGCCAUCCCACUUCUUAAAAGAAAAAAUCGAGGUGGAUUACAUGAAACAUCUCCACUAUUACAAAAUGGAACAAAAUCCAGUACACAAUUUCAAAAUAUUGUGAAAACCCACGAGACCAUUGAUUCUCCGGCGGAGAACAAAGAAGUCAUUAAAUUGUCGGAAUUUGAAUUCAAUGUUGAGGAAAAACUAGCUCUCCUCCAGAGAGAAAUGGAUUUGAAUAGUAACACACAGCAAUACCAGAAAUUACUCAAAAUUGGUGUGAAUAAGAAUGAAAUAACUGCAGAUGAUGUGGUUCAGAGAUUAGACGAAGUGACUAAAUGUAAAAGCACUGUUGAUGGAUGUAUGAGCACCUGUGAACAGUCGUCAGGAAAUACUAUGAAAGGUAACACAAAAGAAAUAGCAGAGCAUUUAAAGAAUGAAAAUGAAGUACUUAACGUUUUGCCUCAAAAUCAAAUAAAUGGAUGCCCAGAGGAAAUUAGACAACCUGAAUUCCACACUGAAGCAGAGCAAAAAAAUUCACCUCUGUUUUCAGAUGCUGCUAUCUCAGGGAGUGCUGAAGAGCUAUCUCCACAGAGGGAGUAUCCUCAAGGACCAGUCGUCAAAUCUCACAGUAUAACACACAUCGACACAGGGGGUUUAAAACUUUAUGAUAUCAAUGACAAUGGACCACAUGAGCAAGGUUUAAUGGUAAGGACACCCCCUGUAGCUGGACAGGGACAAAAUAUAAUCCGCAGUAAAUCGGCCAGUCUUCUAAGUGACCAGUCAUUGCAACCGUUUACUGGAAAUUCUUCUUCUUCAUCAGAUCUUUUAUCUUGCAAAAAAGCAGUGUAUACAUUUGAUCAAAACUUCAAUCCUCAAGGCAUCAGUUUAAAGAGAGGGCCUAUAGCUGUUGCACAGAUGCCUCCAGUACCUCAGUACAAUGUCCAAUAUAGCAGCAGUGGAAUAACCAAAGAGAACAUGUGGCCACAGAGACCAGCAUUUCAAAUGGAGCAAGGUAAUAUAGGAUCUCAUCACCAUCAGCGGUCUGAGGCACUUGACAAUGCCAAUUAUGUAAAGCAUUCUGCAAACAUGAACUUCUCCAAUCGCAAUAAUGCCCAGUCCAACAUGUCCUACAAUAUGCAGCCAAGAAUUGGAGCUCGACAAGUGGAAAUGUGGGGAUGCCCACCAAGCGAGAGAUUGAUUCAGGCCGGUCAGAGGUCCACCUUGCAGAGACAGAGUAGUGUUUCAUCCACUUCCUCUGUCACUCUUCCUGAAACCCAUCACUGCAGGCGGGUCCCAGUACCUGAAGCAGAUUACGUGACUUACAGGGAUUUACAUACGCUUGGAAGAGGCCCUCAGAUAGUUCAGGGCUCACAAAGACCUCUGUCUGCAAGGACUUAUAGCGUUGAUGGUCCAACUGCAUCUCGGCCUCAUAGUGCACGGCCACAUGUAACUGAUGUUCCAGAGAGAACAAUGUCCGUCAGCGAUUUCAAUUACUCACGGACUAGUCCAACUAAAAGACCCAAUGUGAGGGUGAAAUCUGAGCAUUCGCUUCUUGAUGCACAGGGUACCAACAAGGUGCCGCCUGAUUGGAGAGAGCAAGUGUUACGUCACAUUGAAGCAAAAAAGUUAGAAAAGAGCAUGCUGUCUAGAUCGUUUAAUUUCAAUUAUGCUGCUUUUAGCAGCAUGCACUCUGGAAGCUGUAGGGAACUGCACGACAGCCAGGGCAACGUUGCCUUGAGUGUUGCAGACAGAAGGAAUUCUGGAGUGCACAUGUUCCGUUACCCAUCACAAGGUAACAGUAUCGGAGACCCAAGUCAAGAUGAUGUCUUCAGUGUUGGACAACAGAAUUACUCAACUAGCACACAUGUUGUGAAGGAUAUUCCGCCAGACAGUGUGAGAAAAGUGCCUUUGACAAAUGGUCAGACGUAUCAAUCUUCCAGAGUUCCAAUUAACUGCAACCAACCCCACCACACAAUGUCUCAAGCAACCAUUGGGAGACAUCCUUCUAGGGAACAGCUGAUUGAUUAUUUAAUGCUAAAAGUAUCACACCAACCACCACACUGUCCAACACAAAGUGCAUCGGCAAACCAUUUGAUGAGACAAAGCCGUGAUAUUAUACAGCAGGAGAUGCAUGUUAGAAUAGAUAAGAAUCCUGAGCUGGGUUUCAGUAUAUCUGGAGGUAUUGGAGGUCGAGGGAACCCUUUCAGACCUGAUGACAAUGGUAUAUUUGUAACUAGAGUUCAACCAGAAGGGCCAGCUUCAAAACUGUUGCAGCCUGGAGAUAAAAUAGUUCAGGCAAAUGGAUACAAUUUUGUUAAAAUUGAGCACGGACAAGCAGUGUCACUAUUAAAAACCUUCCAGAAUGCAGUGGACUUAAUUAUCCUGAGAGAAGUUGCAUCUUAAUGAUGUGAAUCAUGGACAAAAAAGAAGAAAUCAACCAUUGUGACCAGUUUUGUUUUAAUUAAGUAAUUCCAUAGCAAAAUGCAGCUGAUAUCACUUUUUACUGGGAGUUGGGAGAGGGAUCAAUGGACUAUAAAAUGGUCAAAUAAGUUUAGGCUGUAAAGUAAUUUGUUGGCAGUGUAGAGCUUUGGUAUAAGGGGCACAACCACUCUGUAUAAUGGUAAGGGUGUGGAUCCAGGGACUGAAAUAGAUUGUGGAAGCAAAUAUUGCAGGGUGAAGAAUUAAUAUAGUAAACAUCAAAAUCACUCUUAAUAUGAACAAACCUGUGUGCUUUUCUGUACAGAAUUUAGGUUUAUUUUUGGAUAAUCUUAUACAUUACUAAAUAAAUUGUACAAGGCUUAAGUAGUGAGCCUGAUUUUAGCUUACGAACAGGUGGCAGGGCUAUCUGUUCCAUAGAUGUAUGCCUUUAUUUUUAAUCACCUUUGUAUAAUUGUUAAACGCUGAAACCUAUGGGUUUGAUGUACAGGAGCUGGAAAAUGGAUGUUUGUGCAUUGUUUAGACGAAUGGGUAGGUGAAUGGCUUGAGCAUAUACAAUAAAGUGACCUUGCUAUGAGUAAAUGGUGAAACUGCAUAUGGGGCUAGGUUGCCAAAGUGUACAAUAGUGUGGUUACAUGAUGGAGAAGUUAUUAUUCAAAGUUGGAUUGGGAAAGGAAGAGCAAAUGAAACCUGUCUGUCUGAGAUGGUCUGUUAUAAAAAGUAUGCUCUGAAAUAUGGUCGGAUUCUUAAGGAACAGUUAUUCAAGGUUUCUUAGUGUUUUUACAAAGUGGGGAUUGUGGUUAUGCUGUCUAUUACUGUAUGAGAAUGUUAUUUUAUUACACUGUUAUCAUUUCUAGUACAUUUGGCCAACAUUUUAAAAAACAAAACCUUUCUAUCUUUACUAAAAAUGGGUUUCAUUAACAAUACUGAUGCAUAUCGGUUAAUCUUGUGUAUUACAGUGGAAGUGCCAUAGGAGACCGAGAAUUAAGUUUUUAAUACAGAUUCUACCCAUGCAAAGAAGCAAUACUGUCUGUAUAUUUAGAGAAAAAUCUGAAUUUAGUACUGUGCUUAUCUUUUAAUCUCAAUUCCCUGUAAAAUUUCUAUACCAACUUGAGCAUUAAAUGAGUUGAUUUAUUUUAUCAAAUGUACACUCAAGAUUAUUUGAAUGAAACCCUGUAAAUGCUCCCGUGAUGGUGCUAAAGGCUAUUUUCGUUAUGUUGGAAUUAAAUUGAUCAAUAAAGUUGCUCUAAGGGUAUAGCAGAAAUAUUUGUAUGUGUCAGCAGAAUGAAAACCUCUUGGGUAUCUUCUGUAUUUUGCAUCAGCCCAUGGCUUCAUUUUUCUUGAUCAUUGGUAUUCUGUAGCAGCAUUCCCAUAUGGUAAAUUGUAUAAAAGUUGAUUGUGUGUGUUGAAAGUUUUAAAAAAAAUUUUUUUUUUAUAAAAUUUGACACCAGGUCACAAGCUGUGUUGAUUGCUAACUUGGUAUUUUAAAAGAUUUUUACCCACAGUUUUAGGCAUGGUGUUUAAAAGUGUGGAAACAGCUUUAAAGAAGUAAAAAAAAAUUGUUUGGUCUGAUAGGGGAAUGAUACUGUUCAGCUGCAUGGUAAUACUGUAACAGAAUUUAUACUGAAAGAAUAAAUUAUAUUUCAAUGAAAUAGCCGAUUAGUAAGAAUUGAAGUUUUUAAAAUAUUUUCUUUCAAGUUAGAAUUGUCUUUCAUGAACUCAGUGAACAUAAAAGUACCAUUUGAAAUCUUUGCAUUAUGUGUACACUUUCAAAUUAUUAAUUUGUUGGGUCAAAAGACCUUUAUUAAUGUCACAUUUACUUGAGCAAUUUUCAUAUUCUGGAUUGAUGUAUGUGGAACCUGUAGAAAUGAUCUUGAAGUCAAACUUAAAACAAUGCCAGUAAAUUCAUUGAUUGGACUGGAUCAAAGCAAUGCAUGUGAUACCAACUAUUUGACAAAAGUAAGGCAAAUUCUCACCGUUUUUUUUAACCAAUAUCAUAGAAUCAUAGAAGAGCUUGAUUUCAAAGCAAUUUGUUUCUGUUUCCAUUCUACUUUGUUAAACAUAAAGGUUCAAAAAACAUGUUUUAUUUCUGUUCACUGGUUUACAAAGCAAAGCUUGAUAUUAGGCCAGUCGCGUCUAAAGUAACCACUGGAUCACCGUGGAUGGUCAAUCCAUGAAAGGUAUAAAUUAGCUGCCUAUGUAAACCAGAAAUAAGUUGGAAAGUCUUGAACAUUCCCUAAUAUUUAUUAUAUAACUUAUUUAUUUUAAAUGGUUUCUUAUGGACUGCAGAUUUCAAAAGUUUGUAUGUAGUUGAACAUAUCCUUGAUUAGAACCAAUUUAAAAUGAACCAGCAAUAGCCACUGUACUUAACUCGGUCCCCACAGUAACAUUGAUUAUAUUUUGAACAUUGCCUUUAUAUUUGAGGAAAACAGUAAUAUUUGAAAAAAGCUGCAUUUGUUCAACAUUCCACAUUUUGUACAUAACUAGAUGGUUUCUGACAUAAUCUAUGGUAAUUAGGCUAAUUUAAUGCUGUUUGCAUUCUGAUUUAUUUGUACAGUUUUAGUUUUAAUGAAGGCAGCCUGUUGUAUAUGAAAUCUUAACUGGUCAGUCAAAAUUGCUGUGUCCCACUGACAACUGAAACUGAUUUAUAAAUCCACUUAAUUUACAAAAAUGCAAACUGCUUCUUUAUGUUCCUCUUGUGGUUUAUUAAAAAAAAAUCACUCACUUUAUUUGA